ACACUUGAGGCGCGGCCUAUGAUCUGAGACGUUGACACUCAGUAAUACUAAUAUUUGCUUGGCGUAUUGGCUGUUCUUAAAUAUCGGUAAUAUUCACUAAACGAAAUUUCAACUCUCAUCGCCUACGCUGUUAUCGAUUGUACAUUGGUAACCACAACGUUUUGUUUGUUAAUUAGACUCAAGCAUUAUUUCACAAUAACCUUCCAAACAUUUGUUGUACAUUAGUCUUCCAAUAAACAUCACUCGCCCUUCGAUUAACAGUUUACUCUAAGAAAAUCAAGUUUAAGGACAUUCAACAUCUUGACCUUUUCUAUCUAGUUGCGCUUUCAGUACUUUGUAAGAUUUCACUCGUUCCAACAAAUAGUCAUUAACAACCAACUGGAGAAUCCAGAUCCCAAAGAAUGGUAAAAGCGUUAUCAUUUUAUGAGUACGUGAUAUUUGCUGUAUACUCGGUUGAUAUAUACUAAAGGAUUCCCUCUCCAUAAAAUCCACAGGAAACUAGACUCAACUUAUUGGAAUGUCAUCACACUUAACUGCCGGUUAGGUUUUUCCUUAGACUCCUUGACUCAUGAUCAAGAGCAGUGAAUGAAUAGUACUUCACCAUGUCUUUGUAGCUCGGAUUCUGAUUUCUGAGUGAUAUCUUGUUCUAACUCAUAAAAACACGUUUCUGUGAUAACUUUAUCCAUCUAUGUCGACUUAAUACAGACUUCGUUGUGGUUCAAAAACUUUAGUACAUUUAGUUUACUCUCAAAAGGCACCAGAUACUAUUUGUUCCUAAUGUACUCUUGAUAGAUGUUCAAUUGCCCUAGUUCUGUUUCGAUCAAAGAUACCACCUAAGCUGCUACAAUUUUUUUGAGGUACAUUGAUGUAACUCAUUUACGAAGUACAGAUUUAUUUACUCAGCUAUGAGCCACCUUGUGCGAGGAUUAGUGAUACUAUCAGGCUAACGAAACUGAAGCUGAGUGGUACUCAAACUUGUGAUGUAGUGACUAAAAGUCGAACAUGAUUUAAAUGGACCAUUCCAUGUAAAUGCGUUCGAAUCCGUAAUUAACCAUAGUUACAGUAGUCCCAGUUUUUAUGUCCCAAUACCAAAUACUGCUAUUUAAGACUUGAGUUACAUAUUUUCCUAAGCUCCAGCUGUAGAAUUAGUGGAGUGGCUGCCUGUUGUUUAAGGGGUCCAACUUAUGGCCACUAAAUCCCAGGUUCAAACAUUCCCUCACCUUUUUCAGUUUGGGUAACUGAUUGGUAUCAUUAUUCCUCACUUAAAGUGUACCUUAUAUCCAAGUAUCUGGAGUUCACUUAAAACUUGGUCUUGUGUAACAUGUCCAGAAAUUGACGAAAAAACCUUUCCUUUGCACCUAAAAUCUAUCCCAAAAAUACGAGAGCGAGACUUGAGAUCUUUCAUAUCGUGGUUUUUUUUUGCUGAGGUUCUAUAUCAAAAUAAAAUUGAGUAAAAGGUCGGUAUUCAGUCAUGUAGAUCGAUUGUUGAUUGUCAGAUUUAAUGUUCAAGAAGUAACCUUUUAUUUACGUCGCCUCAAAACAAUUAAAAAGUGGAUAAUUAUCCAUUGUGAUACAAUUUCUUUCAUUUUCCACUGCACACAUCUCACUAGAAUUAGAGGUAUUAAAUGACCUCAUUUGUGAUAUAAUCUCUCCAUGUACAAACCUUGAUAAUCUCAGGUUAGUUAACGACUAUCAGUAAUGAGUUUGAGGAUAUUCCGAUUACUUACUGAGUCCAUAAAUACGAACUCAUUAUUGUAUCCCAUAUACGUCAUGACUAAAUUUAGGCCGUUAAUCUUCAAUGUAAUUUUCGUUUUAGAAACCUGAUAUGUCUACAGGCAGCAGCGCUCGUCGAACUGAAGUGACAAAUGCCAAAGUACGAAUCAAAGCUUUUCCUCCUUCAAUAGAUGAGAGAUAUGCCAAUCAGUUAUGGGAUCAGAUUAAAAGUGCGAUAAUCGAGAUUCAAAAGAAAAAUAACAGUUGUUUGAGCUUUGAAGAACUCUACCGCAAUGCGUACACUUUGAUAUUACAAAAACACGGUGAGCGUCUAUAUGCGGGAACAGAGGCUGUUGUACGUGAACAUAUGAUCAAGAUCCGCGAUAGUAUUGUUGAAAAUUUAAAUAAUAAGUUUUUAACUUAUCUUAACUCAUGUUGGAAAGAUCACCAAACUGCUAUGGGAAUGAUCCGUGAUAUUCUUAUGUACAUGGAUCGUGUCUACGUCGGUCCACAUAACCUGGAUGGAGUUUAUAAAAUGGGGAUGACUGUUUUCUGCGAUCUUGUCGUACGUUAUCCAAUUAUUAGAGAGCACUUGCAGAAAACUCUGUUGGAUAUGGUGCGCAGGGAACGUCGGGGUGAAGUAAUAUCGCGUUCUCAGAUUCGCGAUGCCUGUCAGAUGUUUGUGCAGUUAGGGGCCGGAUCAUUACGCGUUUACCUUGAAGAUUUUGAACAGCCAUUUUUGGAACAGUCAAGAGAAUUUUACCGCACAGAAAGUGAAAAUUUUCUUGCUGAGAAUACUUCUGCUUCCUUAUAUAUUAAAAAAGUCGAGCAAAGAAUUGAGGAGGAAGUUCGAAGAGCACAUCAUCAUCUCGAUCCAUCCACGGAACCCAAAAUCGUUGUCGUAUUAGAAGAGGAGCUUAUAAGUCGACAUAUGGAAACUAUUGUCGGUAUGGAGGAUUCAGGAUUAACUUACAUGUUAACUCAUGAUCACUUCAGUGAUAUCGCUGCUAUGUAUGGCGUUUUAAGUAGGGUUGAAGAAGGACCAAAAAUAAUGAGUAACUACAUUAGCCUAUACUUGAGAGAGCAAGGGCGAAAUACUGUACGUGAUACUGGGUCAUCAACACCCCAACAGCACAUUCAAGAUUUGCUUCAAUUACGCGAUCGCGCUAAUGAAUUACUAACAAGAGCGCUUAAUAAUCAAACAAUAUUUCGUAAUCAAAUUAAUUCUGACUUUGAGUACUUUGUCAAUUUAAAUCCUCGUUCUCCAGAAUUUCUGUCAUUAUUUAUCGAUGAGAAACUAAAACGUGGCACUAAAGGUAUGGCAGAUCAAGAUGUAGACGCCAUUUUCGAUAAGUGUAUUGUAUUAUUCCGAUAUCUACAAGAAAAGGAUCUGUUUGAAGGUUAUUACAAAAAGCAUCUGGCAAAAAGACUGUUAUUAAGUAAAAGUCAGUCAGAUGAUCAAGAAAAGAUUAUGAUAUCCAAGCUUAUGGCCGAAUGUGGCGCUGUAUACACAAGUAAACUAGAAGGAAUGUUCAAAGAUAUGGCAGUGUCUAAAACCCUCAUGGAUGAAUUCAAUGCAGUAUUAUCUAGUGGUAAUCGUAAUCUUAACCUAGAUCUGUGCGUUCGUGUACUAACUACUGGUCUUUGGCCAACUCAAGCAACUAAUUCUAAUGAAGCAUUACCAGAAGAAGCUGACACGGCGUUUAAAGUUUAUAAAAACUUCUAUUUAAGCAAGCAUAACGGUCGAAAAAUAAACCUGCAGACAAACAUGGGGUACGCAGAAUUGUCUGCUGUAUUUUAUGGUCGUCCUAAUGCAGAUAUCAAUACACCUCAGAUCUCUUCUGUUACUGAUUCUCAUAUUCACAGUUUCCUUAUUCAUGGCUCCAGUUCUUCGAAUCAAGUGACAAGUCAAAGUAGUCAACAAACGCCAAUCAGUGGAUUACCAGGAAGCCCAGGAGCUCCAAAAACACUUGAUCCUCCCAACUUAAUUAGUACCUCUAGUCGACCGAAUGUACGGAAAUAUUUCUUACAGGUCUCCACAUAUCAAAUGAUUAUAUUAAUGAAAUUCAAUCGACGUAAUCGUUAUAGUUUUAUUGAAUUAGCCAGUGAAACAAAUAUUCCUGAACGUGAAUUAAAACGUAGUCUUAUGGCUUUAGCAUUAGGUCGUUGUAGUCAACGAAUUUUAUGCAAAGAACCUAAAACACGUGAUAUAGAGUCAACAGAUGUAUUCUAUGUCAAUGAUUUAUUUGUUUCGAAACAUAUUAAAGUUCGGGUUCAAAGUAUCACUGUUAAAGAAAGCGAACCAGAACGUCAGGAAACGCGGACAAAAGUAGAUGAAAAUCGACGUUAUGUGAUUGAAGCAACAAUUGUGAGAGUCAUGAAAGCUCGUAAAACCUUAAGUCAUGGACAACUUGUUGUUGAAGUUAUCGAACAAUUAAAAUCGCGUUUUGUACCAACCCCCGUGAUGAUUAAACAACGUAUUGAAUCGCUUAUUGAACGAGAAUUUCUUGCUCGAUUAGAAGAUGAUCGUCGAGUUUAUAAGUACUUGGCCUAAUCUCAUUCUGUAAACCAAAUCUAAAUACAACCUGUAUCUUUCAAAUUCUAUCCUACCAUUCCUUGCGUCUACUCUCUACAGUAUGUCAUCCAAACUCCACUGUCAACAAUUUUCAAAUUACUCCUAUGAUGUGUUGUAAGAUGAUGAGCUUUAAACAAUGAUCAGUAUAAAUCUAAUUGCUCAUUAUCAGUUAAUUGAACAAAUCAAAUCUUCAUUGUUCUCAAUUUACUACUACAAACCUAGUCUUCAUCAACUUACUACAGUCAAGUUAUCUAUGACUUUUUUAUUUUCUUUGCCAAUCUCAUGCUUCCACUUCAGUUUUUUUAAAAUUAAACUACUAACCUUACCUACAUAAAUUAUAUAUGAUUCGUUCUUUUGUGUAUGUAUAUAUUUUAAUUGUCUAACUCUUUUAAGUUUAUGAAUUCAAAAAAUGAUUCAUUUUAUUCUCAUUCAUGAAUUUUGGAAAAUGUGGAAUCAAUGUUAACUACUCGAUUCUUUGUUUCUUUCUCCGUUCACAUAUACAGUUACUCACAGUACUAACUUAUAUCACUUGGCUAGAAGCAUCUCACUUUUUACAGUAAAUAAUAUGAUUAUUAAUGCGAUGGGCAACUUCACAUAUUUCGGUGAGUAAAUAAACUUCCUUCUGAACAAAGAAGGAAGCAAUUGGCUGUGUUAAACAAUAUGUGUAAUUACUUCUUCAAUCUUAUGUAGUCCGUGUUAACUGUACACAUUUUGAACAGUUUAAAUCUGCCAUGCAAUGAAUGCUUUUAUUUAUGGAGGAGUAUUUCUCCUUUUUGAGUCUUAGUUCUACACAAAACCCUGUCCACAUUAUUUUGUGUAAGCUACAUAUAUGUAUUCACUCAAGUAAGGCGUAUUUUCUCGCCAACGUUAACUUUUCUUUCAAGGUUUUAUUUUCAUAUGUUUACUUUCUCUAGGUGUUGCUUUAAAUUGUAGCAUAUAGUUUUGUGCAGUAUAUGUGCGUUUUCUAGUGUAUUCAAGGUUUGACUUUAAAACUACUAUGAAUCCAGUGCUAUCCGUCAGUUUGUUUUCUGUAUCAGUUGGUAUCUUGAACUAGUCAGUUUAUCAGGGUGCACUGUACAUUUCGGUAAUGCAGUGAGAAGACGAAGUUUAUCAGAAUUAUGUGAUAUAUUUGCGCAAUACAUUUCGAACAAUGCGAUCACAUAUAU